UCUAGUUCAGCAUCAUUGGAUUCAGUUUGAAGAAGUGAUACGAUACCACCGACAGCUUGAUCAGAUUGUGGUUGCUUUAACACGCUAUGGAAGCUUAAUUCUGAUAAAAGACAAGAUGGCGUCAAUUAAGCAGUUGUGUGAACAAGACAGAGAAACAAUUAACAAAUGGAUAGGAGGAGGAAAGAAGAGAUAUACACUUCUAUUUUCUGCUGCUGAUAAUGGAUGUGAUCCAACUACAUUCCAUUCAAACUGUGACAACAAAGGACCAACAGUCACUCUCGUGUACAAUGUAAACGGGAGUGUAUACGGAGGAUAUGCUGGAGUCAGUUGGAGGUCAGGAACUGGUGAUCCCAUGUUUGAUGGUGACGCUUUUUUGUUUUUCUUGAAAGGGAAAGCUGGGCAAAAGCCGAAUAAAUUCACGGUAAAAGCACCAGAAUAUGCUCUGACAAUGAAUAAAGACUGUGGACCUACAUUUGGAAAAGGACCAGAUUUGUUAACAUUUACAGAUGCCGUUACAAAGGGAUCAGAUUCCUUCCCCUUAAACAGUGUUAUGUCACCUGGAACGUAUCAAAUCAGCGCAGAAACAGUAACAGAAAUGACGGGCGGAGUAUUUGAUGCCGAAGAUGUAGUUGUGUAUGCUGUUGAAGAUGUUGCACAAGAAACAUAUUUACCAACUCCAUGGAGAGAAAUGGACUUGCCAUCUUGGAAUUCAGAUUUGCUAAAUUUAUUGAAAAAAGAUAUAGAAGAAUACUGGCCACUUAAAGAGAUGGGCGUUUCUGAAGAUGUCAUUCCAUAUAUCAAUAUACUGUUACUUGGUCCAGUAGGGGCUGGAAAAUCAAGCUUCUUUAACACUUUAAAUUCACUCUUCCGGGAAAGACUAUCUAUUCAGGCCAGAGCAGGAAGUUCUGACACAAGUCUUACAAAAUCUUUCAAUGUCUAUUCCAUUAUUUCAAAUCGACGACCUUUGCGGUUCCGGAUUUGUGAUUGCCGCGGUUUUGAAGAUGCCCACGGAGUUGACCUGUUUGAUGUAGAAGCCAUUUUAGAUGGAAACAUAAAGAACAAAUACACGUUUGUAGAUAAAUCACACAUAACAAAAGAAAGCCCAUUCUACAGACGAGAUCCUAAAAUGCACGACAGAAUACACUGCGUUGCCAUCGUUGUGGACGCCAAUAAUGACCCGGAUUAUCCCAUGACGGAGUAUGUGCAAGAACAGAUUAAGAAAACACAGGAACUCAUGAAUCAAAAAGGUGUUCCACAGUUGAUUUUAAUGAAUAAAAUUGACGGUCUGUCUGAGUCAGUAAGGGGAGAUUUGUCAAGAAUUUUUCAUAGUCAAGAAGUCAAGGAACGAAUGGAAAAACUAGCACAUUCUUUGAGAUUACCACCUUACACAGUUCUACCAAUGAAAAACAUUGACACCGAACAACGUAUUAACACAAACGUCAACAUUCUGGCCUUGUAUAAUCUACGUCAGAUGUUAAGAGCGGCAGACGACUAUCUCCUCAACUACUUGGACGAGUUCAGUGGUGAUAAGUUUGAACCCAAUUACGAAAAAUCAAGUGAUACCAUGUAAUACUUUUAUGAUUGUAAUAGACUGUUUUGUACUCGUGAGGAUA